AUGAUCUUCAGCGGACUCCUCGAGGGUGGCAUAAGAUACCGGAUCAGCAACAUCAGAGACCGAUUGGCCAAUAUCAAUGAGGCAAUUAACAAGUCCAAGUUUGGCCGUAUCUUCAGGCUCCGAGGCUGUGCUCACGUGGUCGCAUUUGCACCGAUCAAGCACAUCCUUGGUGUUCAGCAAUGGGAUCUGAGCGGCGCGAGCGGCGCGCACUUUGCUGUUGCACUGUUCACGUUUUUAUACGUUGACAUUGUCGACUGCACGGCGACUUUAUAUUCGAUGGCACGAUUUAGCGGCAAAACAGGCCCAGACGGCGACUUUCCACGAUCAACUGCGGCCUACUGCACGGAUGCCAUUUUCAUUUCCAUUGGAUCUGUGUUUGGGUGCUCGCCUUCCACGGCUUUUAUCGAGAGCGGUGCUGGCAUCGCGGAAGGCGGCCGCACAGGCCUGACGGCCAUGGUGACUGGGCUCUGCUUUAUCAUUUCUAUAUUUUUCUCUCCGAUUUUUGCAUCAGUUCCACCAUGGGCGACAGGCACGACACUGAUUGUGGUAACGUUUAUCAACUGGAACUAUAUUGGCGAUGCAAUACCGUCGUUCGUCACCAUUGUCUUUAUGCCGUUUAGCUACAGUGUUGCGUACGGCCUAAUGGCGUCAGUACCCCAUCCAGCCCCUAUCAAGAUGAUUGCUAAUACGCUGUACAGGGGACUAUUUGUAUACAUUAUCCUCAACAGUCUGAUCUGGGUGGUUAUUCGACUAACGGGAGGAGCGAUUGAGCCUCGCGAGUAUGACUUGAAGGAGUACUGGACUUGGAAGCCGGCCGGGAAGAAGCCAACUGCCUUCCGUCUUUUCUCACGACGAUCAUAUUGGGGCGGAAAGGAAAGUAUCCGUGGAGACAACGAGUCGGCGUUUCCUGGGGGAGAUAACGAAGAAUCAUUGCACGAUAUACACAGUACGUCGGCCGGCGGAUCAACAGAAAUUGGUGAUCGGGUGGCCGGCUCUGUGGCAGCUCCGAAGCCAGCUUUAAUGGCUACGAACCAUGCCGGUUAA